UCGUAGUUUGUUCAAACUUAUUGCUCGGCGAAAGGGAAACGAACCUUUUAGUGCAGCUUCACUUUUUCUCUGAAUCCCCGGUCGGCCGGAGAUGAGUCUCCGGCGGGUUCCUUCGACGCUUUUCUUCUUCCUCUACCUGUUGGCCUCAUCUCAUGGCAUUGAUGUCAAUGGCUUCCACAAAAGGAAUCCCAAAAUCGAUGGACCCAUCAAAACCGUGGUCGUCGUCGUAAUGGAAAACCGAUCGUUCGACCACAUAUUGGGGUGGCUCAAGAGGACCCGACCCGACAUCGACGGUUUGACUGGCACCGAAUCGAACCGUGUCUCCGUCUCUGACCGGAACUCGCCGAAGGUUCACGUCUCUGAUGAUUCUGUGUUCGUUGAUUCUGACCCGGGGCACUCGUUUCAGGCGAUAAGGGAACAAAUAUUCGGAUCGGAUGAUAGCUCUGCUAAUCCGGCUCCGAUGAAUGGUUUUGCUCAGCAAGCAGAGAGUAUGGAAAAAGGAAUGUCGAAAACCGUCAUGAGCGGGUUCAAACCGGAACUCUUACCGGUUUAUACCGAGUUAGCCAACGAGUUCGCCGUGUUCGAUAGGUGGUUCGCUUCGUGUCCAACUUCGACUCAGCCGAACCGGUUCUACGUGCACUCGGCGACCUCCCAUGGCGCCAUGAGCAACGUUCGGAAAGACCUGAUACAUGGGUUUCCUCAGAAAACCAUCUUCGACUCUCUCGAAGAAAGUGGCCUCUCAUUUGGGAUUUAUUACCAGAACAUCCCCGCUACCUUGUUCUUCAAGAGCUUGAGGAAGCUCAAGCACAUCCUCAAGUUCCAUAACUACGCUUUAAAGUUCAAAUUGCAUGCCAGAUUGGGCAAGCUUCCGAAUUACGUGGUUAUUGAACAGCGUUACUUCGAUGUGAGCCUUUUUCCGGCCAAUGACGACCAUCCGUCGCAUGAUGUGGCUACUGGGCAGAAAUUCGUGAAGGAGAUUUAUGAGACACUGAGAGCUAGUCCUCAGUGGAAAGAGAUGGCCCUGUUGAUUACAUAUGACGAACAUGGAGGGUUCUAUGACCAUGUUCCUACCCCUGUUUCUGGUGUACCGAACCCAGAUGGUAUUAUUGGCCAUGUUGACCCUUAUUACUUUCGGUUUGACCGGCUUGGGGUUCGAGUCCCGACUUUUCUGAUCUCACCAUGGAUCGACAAGGGUACUGUGAUUCAUGAACCGGAUGGGCCGACUCCAAGUUCACAAUUUGAACACUCUUCUAUUCCUGCCACAGUAAAGAAACUUUUCAAUCUGAAGUCUAAUUUCUUGACGAAAAGGGAUGCAUGGGCUGGUACCUUUGAGAAAUAUUUUUACAUUCGAGAUUCUCCCCGUGAUGAUUGUCCAGAAAGGCUACCCGAGGUGAACACAGCACUGAGGCCAUGGGGACCUAGGGGAGACAAGGAGCUCUCAGAAUUCCAGGUUGAACUGAUCCAGCUCGCAUCGCAGCUUGUCGGUGAUUAUGUGCUCAAAACCUAUCCAGAUAUUGGGAAAACCAUGACAGUGGAAGAAGCUAACAGAUAUGCAGAAGAUGCAGUGAAGAGGUUCCUGGAAGCUGGAAAGGCUGCUCUCAGAGCUGGCGCAAAUGAGUCUGCCAUUGUCACGAUGAGACCUUCCCUUACCAGCAGAGUUGCUGCUGGAGAUAACCAAAACUAUUUGAAAAGCCAGUAAUUCUUCCAUCACACGGUAUGUAUGUAUAUAUUAGACUUUAAUCCAUUCUAUGCCAAAAACAAAAAUUAUGUAUAGAUAUUUUCUAAUGGCACAAAAACAUAGGUAAUAUGUUCUAUAUGAUUGCUAUUAAAGUUCACUGAAAAGUAAACGAAGAACUUUUUAAUGAGUUAAUAUUGUGAUGAUGAAAUAUAUCAAUAAAAUAUAUUUGUAUUAGUUGAAGAA